AUGUCAGAAAAGAUACGACAAGUUUUUCGCAGUUGCAAAGCAGCGAAUCGACCAGCAUUCGUUGGCUUCGUCACAGCGGGAUAUCCUGAACCAGAUGAAACUGUAGACAUAUUAUUAGAAUUAGAAAAAGGAGGAGCUGAUAUAAUUGAACUUGGAAUCCCAUUUACAGAUCCGUUAGCCGAUGGACCGACAAUCCAAGAGAGCAACAAUGUUGCCUUACAACAUAACAUUGAUAUUUCAAAAUGCUUCUCUCUCGUCUCAGAAGCGCGUAGUCGAGGCCUCAAAGCCCCUAUACUGUUUAUGGGGUACUACAAUCCAAUAUUAAGCUACGGGGAAGAGAGAAUAGUUGAGGAUUGUAAAAAAAUAGGAGUUAACGGGUUUAUUUGUGUUGAUUUGCCGCCCGAGGAAUCUUACAAGUUUCGAGAAUUAUGCAUACAGAACAGCCUCAGUUACGUUCCUCUAAUCGCCCCGUCAACACCGGACGCUCGCAUCAAACAUUUGUCUAAUAUUGCUGAUACCUUCAUAUAUGUCGUUUCCCGUAUGGGUAUCACCGGCACACGCACAACCAUAAAUUCCGAGUUACCAAACCUUGUUAGACGUAUAAGAAAGUACACUAGUCUGCCACUCGCAGUCGGAUUUGGCGUAUCGACAAGAGAGCAUUUCCAAUUAGUUGGAUCUUACGUAGAUGGGGUUGUCAUCGGUAGUAAAAUUGUCCAAGUUUUGAAGGGGGCCGAGAAGGGAAAACGCGGUGAAGCGAUAAGGAAAUAUGCGGAAGAAGUUUCUGGUCACGUUUCGAAUGAUGAUAACGCGGCAGAGUUUGUGAUUGACAGUAAUUCGACAAAUACUCAUCCCAUUAAUGAUGAUGGUCAUUGCGAGUAUGACAUGCAUACAUUGAAAGCACGAUUUGGAGAAUGGGGUGGGCAAUACGUCCCCGAAGCUUUGGUCGAUUGUUUAGUAGAAUUGGAAAAAGCUUUUAUCACGGCUAAAGAUGAUCCUUCGUUCUGGAAAGAAUUUGAAAGCUAUUAUGAUUAUAUUGGCCGACCUUCGCAAUUGCAAUUGGCAUCACGACUGACAGAAUUUGCUGGCGGUGCUAGAAUCUGGUUAAAGCGGGAAGAUCUGAAUCAUACCGGAUCACACAAGAUUAACAAUGCCAUUGGGCAGGUUCUUUUGGCAAAACGUAUUGGCAAAAAACGUAUUAUUGCUGAGACGGGUGCCGGACAACAUGGUGUUGCGACUGCAACAGUGUGUGCCAAGUUUGGUCUUGAUUGUGUCGUGUACAUGGGUAGUGAAGACGUACGGCGACAAGCAUUGAAUGUGUUUAGGAUGCGUCUUCUAGGUGCUACAGUAAUUCCUGUUGAUUCAGGCAGCAAAACCUUAAAGGAUGCAAUAAACGAAGCUAUGCGUGACUGGGUAACUAACGUGCACAACACUCACUAUCUUGUUGGAUCAGCUAUUGGACCACAUCCAUUCCCAAGGAUAGUACGCGAAUUCCAAUCUGUUAUCGGUAAAGAGGCACGUGCACAGAUGUUAGAAAAAGCGGGGAAAUUGCCUGACGUAAUAAUUGCCUGUGUUGGAGGUGGUAGCAACUCUAUUGGAUUGUUUCAUCCUUUCAUUGAAGAUAGAAAUGUGAAAAUCAUUGGUGUUGAGGCUGGUGGUGAUGGAAUUGAUACUGGGCUCCAUUCAGCAACAUUGACAGUUGGAACUCCAGGGGUGUUACACGGCACUCGUACAUAUUUACUUCAAGAUGCUAACGGACAGAUUCAGCCGACUCACAGUAUUAGUGCUGGUUUGGAUUAUCCCGGGGUGGGUCCUGAGCAUGCAUGGCUAAAGGACAGCGGGCGUGCUCAAUAUGUGGCUGUUACCGAUGCAGAGUCACUCAUCGGAUUCAGACAGUUGGCUGAGUAUGAAGGAAUUAUUCCAGCGCUUGAGACAAGCCAUGCAGUCUAUCAAACCAUUCAACUUGCAAAGACGCUGUCACCAGAUGAAGACAUUCUCCUAUGUGUUAGCGGACGUGGUGAUAAAGACGUUGUAUCUGUUGCUGAUGCGCUGCCCAAAUAUGGCCCCAAGAUUGGGUGGGAUUUGAGAUUUGAUGAGAUGAACGAUACUCAAUAA